UUUCUUAAAUGAAUGGUCAGAAGCAAAUUAGUGCAACUUGGAUGUUAAUAUUUUUUGUGUGAAUUCGGUGUGUUAUCUACAGUGGUGCUCAUUCUAGUCUAGUUCGGGUUGAAACUGCAAGGCAAUGUCGUCGCCUGCCUUCGCCCGUACUUCCUGUGACACGUUGCCAGAAGAGCGCUUUACUCCGUGUUGCUUUCCUAGUGGGGCCUGUCUGAUUGGUGCUUCGGUGGACAUUACAUGUGAGGAGAGUACUGGCAGAGCCUCCAAUGGGACCACGGCUAACAAGAUGUACUGUACGAAUGCCAGUUGUGAUCAGACUAAAUACAUGCACACACACUGUCUAGAACAGCUGGAGAACCAACUGGCCCAGCAGGCCAAGAAACUAGCCUCAGAGAGCAGCAAGUCUGGCAGAGGAGGGGCCAAAGGUAAUGGGAGCAAGGUCAGUGGAAUGAGCGACAAGCAGAUUAGACAGAACAUCUGGAACUUCAAACCCGAGUUUGACCAGCUCUACUCGUCUCUGAGUUGCAAGUGUGGAAAAGGUCACGUCACUCGAGAUCCAUCCUCGUCCUCUAGUCAGACACAGCUUGGUGGGGGAGAGGGUGAUGGGGAUUAUGUAGAAGAACCGUUCCAGAUUGUGUCCAGUGGAGGCAAGCGGGGAGUAGGUGGGGGUGUGGGUGGGGGCAAGAAGAGAGGAGGGGGUGUGUUCAAUACUAGCAACAGCAGCAAUACUAGUUUCAACAGCCGACAAGGCGGAGGGGGAGGUGUGGCAAACAAAAUUCAGAAUAGUCACCACGCCCAACCCAAACAAAUAUCUAGAAUUCGCAAUUCACUGUCCGCGUCCGACAUGUCUACAGCUGCCGGUAGUGUCCCUAGCAACUCGCCGGGAGGUGGUGGAGGCGGAAAUACUGCCUCCUCAUCCCCAGGCUCCUCCGCUAUUCACCCUUCCGGCUACUCGCCCGACUCAAUGUCUCCCCGCAGUGCGAGUGGUGGUCAGUACUUUUCAGGAGGGUCCUCAAAAUGGGGAGGGGUAGGAGGAGCUAAUCAUUCUAGUCCCCCAACCAGUGGUCGUUUGGGAAGGAGGACCGAGUUCUCCUCUCUGCAGACGACUAUGGACCCCUAUAGAUACAAUAUAUUUCAUGUGAAGGUGGAAGAAGACCUCCCGUCAGAUGAGUUCAAAGAUGCGCUCUUCCAGACGCUUCGUAGUAGAUCUUUAAAUACGCUAACUUGUCUGAUAUGUGCGAAGAGAUUGCUAGUUUACGAUAGAUACCCCCUCGUAGAUGGAUGUGCAUUUCUCUCACCUGUCAAACACCACCAAGACGAACACAGAAGUUUACCGUUUCACAUUAGCCCAAAUAUACAUAGCCAUGCAUCGCCCAGACAACACCAGUUCGUGAGUUGCGUGUGUGUCAAGUGUCUGCAAGGAGGAGGGGUAGGGGGAGGUGUGGUGUGCAUUUGCUGUCACUGUGGCAAAGAGUGGGUAGGCAGCUCCUUCCAAAUAGGGGUCAUCUACCCAUUCGACAUAUUCGCCGCAAACAUAUGUUGCAGCGAAAGGUCGAAGUGUUCGCAUUGUGAGAAGCAGUUGCUGACGAGUACGCGGCCAUUGCCACAGAGGUACGCAGAGUUUAGUCUGUCGUUCCCCUGUCCCUCCUGCCAGCAGUCAGACUGGCACUUCGUCAGACCCAUCCACAGACUGUUCAACAUACAACAAUAACAACAACAACACAGCUAAUCUCAACUAGAAGUACUAAAUAGAUACAGAGGGUGUUCUCGUGUAUACCCCUGUGCACGCCUCUGCAGACGAAAGCCUAUAUGACUCACUACUAAGAUAGUUUUAAAGCAACAAGAUCACAACUUGCCUGAGGGUUCUCCUAAGACACACAGCGUGUUUUUCGAGAUAUCAUACUGCUCGAAAAUCUGAUUAAAUAAAACUCAUGUUAUAAAAAUUUAAUUGAAAAUGAAGUACCAAAUCAGGCAAGCUCGACUGUAGGAGGGGUAUAAACGAUAACACCCAACAGACUACAAAAUAGACACUUUUUGCAAUUAAAUCAAUUUUAUAUCAAUAAUCUAUACGUAGAUGUAGAUGAUUUGUAAAUUAUAUUUUUGUUUAAGCUAGUUAGAAAUUCAAAUUAAU